AUGGUACAAUGGUAUCCUCUAUUCAGCAUCAGAUUCCUUCUCUGCCAAUGUAUCAUUGGUGCAAUCGGCUAUUCCAUUUAUUAUCAUGAUAAAUACUUGUAAUUUUAAGUCAGAUGCGACUUGAUUUUUGUAUGCUGGACUUACUCCCUGCUUGCUCUCUGUCUACAAGCACACGUCAUUAUAUCAUGCACCAAGAAUAAAGCCUCAUGCGCCUCUGUCUAUUUAGCAGCUUUUCAUAUUCCUGUUAUAUAUCUUGACUUCAUAGGUGGAGCAAUUUAUUUUGUUAUUAGUGGCCUUCCUUCAUGCUACCACGACCAAGGGCAGCUGGCAAUAAUCGGAGCAUUUAUCUUAUUUGUGGCUUUUAAUUGUCUCAAUUUAUUGGCCUCAUCCUGCAUAAUGCUGUCUCAUGUAUCAAUUAUUUAGAGAAGAAGGCAAUUGAGAAGACGAGAAAAUGAAAAUUUAAGCUAUUUAUUGGAUGCGAACCAGCAGGAUAUUGGAAUUAAUAGAGGAAAUAUACAGGAGCCAAAUAAUAUACAUUGGAUGAAGGAGCUUAAAGUAACUAGGGCCAUGCUAAAUAUGCCCUGCACUAUUUGUUUGGAAAAUUUUAUACAGAGUGAAAAAUUUGUGGAGCUGCCUUGUCUGCAUGCUUUUCACCCCAAGUGUAUCAUGAGGUGGCAUAUGGUAGAUCAUAGCUGCCCAAUGUGCCGACAAAGAUUAGAUUAA